GCUGAACGUCGGUGACCUCCAGGACAACCGCGUCUCUAUUGCCCAAUUCAAUUCAAUCCCAGAUACACACGCACCCAGCUACAUAACACCACUGACAGCAUCUGCCACGAUGAAUCCUCCAGCUCCGCAGCGCACCUUUCUCCACCCGUUCAGCUACCACCCGCGAAAACCAAAGGCCAGACCCCCGGCAUCCCCACGAUCAUUAGUCCUUGCUACCGCUACCAUGGACGCUCGAAACGAGGGACUUGCGCUAUCUCCUCCUCGAUCCGAAACCGCUGCGUCGAAUGGUAGCACCACCGUGUCAAUGAUCCGGCAAGAUAUCCAGGAUCUGUACGAUCGCGUGGCGUUGAGCGUAAGAGGAGGAGGGGGAAGUAGGAAUAGUAGUGGGUAUUUGUUUCGAGGAGCGGAUGGUGUAGCACAGCGUGGUGACACGCAGAGACCCAUGGUACUGAAUGUCGUGGAUUGGAACGGCGAAGAUGACCCCUUGAAGCCGGUGUGUUGGUCGGCGCGGAAGAAGAUGCUGAACACUGUCAUUGUAUGUCUGUUGGCUACUACAUCGUACGUAUACUCCCGCCCUUUUUUUAAUCUUAACACCGCCUCCGGAUAUGUCCCUGGAAGAAGCAUCACUGACGUCGUCGUCGAAACACAAUACAGAUCUUUCACUUUUAGUGUCCUCGCCCCUGCUCUUGAAGACCUCAAACACGAGUUCCCUACAACGACAGGGAAUUUGUUUAUCGCUCCGCUCGCAGUGUCGAGUUACCUACUCGGCCACGCGCUGAGCCUCCUCGUCAUCUCCCCGCUCUCACAGCGCUUCGGCCGCGUAUGGAUGUACCAUCUCAGCAACGCGAUUUUCAUGGGCGCAACAGCGUGGUGCGCUUCCACGCACUCGUUUCCGCUCCUCGCAGUUGCACGGUUUGUCGCUGGGGUCGGCGGCAGUGCUGCGUUUGCGCUCGCCCCGUUGAGCUUGAUGGAUAUGUACAAGCCGCAUACGAAGGGACGAGGCGUAGCAUUCAUAUCCCUUGCUAUUUCGUGGGCGCUCGGCGACGUGGCAGCGAGCUUUGUAGGUGGGAGAUGGGAAUGGCGGUGGGUUUUCUGGGGGACGGGGUUGGGGGGUGUGUUCUGCACUGUGCUUUCACUGCUCGGGUUAUCCGAGACAUGCUCUGGUGUAGUGCUGGAGAGGAAGGCGAAGCGGCUCCGCAAGAUUACAGGGAACAAAUGUUUGCGCGCUAGAAUUGGUGAUGAUGGUGGUGAUGGUGCGCGUGGAACGACGAUACCGGUGGCUUUCACUGGCUCGAAAAGUGCAGCCCUGAUGCUCCGCAUGGUCGUUGCACCUCGUUUCUUUGCGGUCUCGCUGGUCUCUGCUACUGGGUUGGCACUGCAGGUCGUUCUUUACGGCUUGCUUCCGGAAAUCUUCGUCGGGAUCCACGCGGUGAAGUCGAUCCAUAUCGGAUACGUAUACCUCGCACCCACUGUGGGUAACAUUGUCGGUAUAGGCCUUGCCACUCUCCUAUCCACUACAACAGCGAGCUGGCGACACAAAAGGGGCGAUGAAGAUGCGAAAUGGAGAGUACUCCCCACGACACUAUGCUGGCCACUCGCCGGGGCUGGAAUGCUGCUCUGUGGAUGGAUGGCCGAAAAACAAGUGCACUGGAUCAUCCCGCUCAUUGCCGCGGGCAUCGCUGGCAUCGGGGUUAUGAGCACGAUAACUCUGUGUAUGUCGUACGUCUUGGCUGCCUAUCCCAUCUCGCCGCACUCGCAAGCGGCAGUCACAGGUAGUUUGAUGAUUCAUUCGAUAGUCGCUGGUGUUCCUUCCAUCUUCGCAGGUGCGAUUUUCCAAAGGCUCGGUAUUGGAUUGACUUUUACGGUUUAUGGGUCUGUGGCAUUGGCGAUGUCGCCUGUUAUGUUGAUAGUGUUCCAGUCAAAAGUAAGCAACGUAACACAGGCAUCUAGCCACGAGAGGGCAGAAACCCAAGAAAUAACAACAAGGGUUUGA